CAUCAUAGUAUAUAUAGUUAUAUUCAUUUCCACAUUUUAGCUUCUUUCUUCCACCUCUAAAAACUAAAAUCUCUUUAUUUGCUUCCAAUUCGCCAUUGACGAAAAUACAAAAAAAAACUCAAAUUCUCUCUUCUUCAGCUCUUCGAUCUUUCUCUGUUGUAGGGCGAGAAAUGGCUUCAAGUGCAUAUGAGGAGGCAGGGACAGCAAGGUCUUCGGAGGAGUUGUCAAGUGUGCAGCAGCAAUGCCAAAAUAGUGAAGCAUUGGCGGAAUGGAGGUCAUCUGAGCAAGUAGAAAAUGGAACUCCAUCAACUUCGCCUCCUUACUGGGAUUGUGAUGAUGACGACGAUGCUGGCCCUAAACCUUCUGAGCUAUAUGGGAAAUAUACGUGGAAGAUUGAUAAGUUUUCACAAAUUAACAAGAGAGAACUUCGGAGCAAUGCAUUUGAUGUUGGCGGCUACAAAUGGUACAUUUUGAUAUAUCCUCAGGGAUGUGAUGUUUGCAACCAUCUCUCUUUGUUUCUUUGUGUGGCUAAUCAUGACAAGCUCCUUCCAGGAUGGAGUCAUUUUGCACAAUUCACUAUAGCUGUGGUGAACAAAGACCCAAAGAAGUCCAAGUAUUCAGAUACAUUGCAUCGUUUCUGGAAGAAAGAGCAUGAUUGGGGGUGGAAAAAGUUUAUGGAGUUGUCGAAAGUUUUAGAUGGUUUUGUCGAUGCUGAUACGCUCAUAAUAAAGGCUCAAGUUCAAGUAAUCAGGGAAAAAGCAGAUCGUCCCUUCCGUUGCCUUGACCGUCAAUAUCGAAGGGAGCUUGUUAGGGUAUAUUUGACUAAUGUGGAACAAAUCUGUCGCCGUUUCGUGGAAGAGCGGCGAGUAAAGCUUGGGAAGUUGAUAGAGGAUAGAGCACGAUGGUCAAGCUUCUGUGCUUUUUGGCUGGGCAUGGACCAAAAUUCUAGGCGCCGCAUGUCCAAGGAGAGAUCAGAUUCAAUUUUAAAAGUUGUUGUCAAGAGCUUUUUCAUAGAGAAAGAGGUUACUUCUACUCUUGUCAUGGACUCUCUUUACAGUGGGCUUAAGUCUCUUGAAGGCCAGACAAUGGGCAAGAAAGGUAAGGCAAAACAUUCGGAUGCAGAGGAACAACUGGUUCCUAUUGUCCGCGUGGAGAAAAACAUGUUUGUCUUGGUUGAUGAUGUCGUGUUAUUGCUUGAGAGUGCUGCAUUGGAGCCAUUGCCUCCAAAGGAUGAGAAAGGUCCUCAAAACCGGACAAAGGAUGGCACUUCUGGAGAUGAGUUUAACAAAGACUCAAUUGAGCGUGAUGAGAGGCGCUUAACUGAAUUAGGCCGUCGCACCAUUGAGAUAUUUGUCCUUGCACAGAUUUUCAGUAAAAUAGAGGUUGCCUAUCAGGAGGCAGUUGCUUUAAAGAGGCAAGAAGAGCUCAUCCGUGAAGAGGAAGCUGCUUGGCUGGCUGAAACUGAGCAGAAAGCUAAACGAGCAUCUGGAAAGGAAAAGAAGUCCAAGAAAAAGCAGGCUAAACAGAAGCGGAAUAAUCACAAAACAAAGGAUAAGGCUAAUGAUGAAAAAUCUGCUGUGGUGGAGCUAUAUAAAACUGAUCAGGAUGGACGUAUUUGUGAUGGAAAUGAGUACAUGAAUGAUGUGCAAGAAGCAGUGCUUGCAAAACCAGAUGUACUGGAAGCAGUAUCAGAUGUUUCUGAUUCAAUAGAUUGUGUUCCAGAGGUUAUUAAUCCCGACUCUGAUGGCAGAGAUGCAAGUCCUGUCAGUUGGGAUACUGACAGCUCGGAAGUUCAUCCUUCGACAGAGACUAGCUGCAGUGGGUUAAGUGACCUUUCAGCAGUGCAAAAUGGGUUAGCAGGAAGGAGAAGUCCUUCUGUAAUGGAUGAUAGUUCAUCAACAUGUUCCACAGACUCAAUUCCGUCAGUGGUUUCGAAUGGGCCUUGCAGAUGGACAUCUUCAAACCAGAAAAAUCAGAAAUCACCCAGCAGAGGGAGAAACCAAAGAAACAAGUCAACCUGUAAAGCGGCCGAUUGGGCUAGUGAAACACUGAGUCAGCCGUUAGAUGCUGUUUCGGAUGCAGGGAAGCUAAAUGACACGAGUUGUAGGGCGCCUGAAGCUGAGUUUCAGUCUACUGUGCUUUUAUCGAGUGAGCAGCGAGACGUGAAGAAGGAAGUAGUAGUUUCGCCACAGAGGGAGCCGAGGCAGACCGAUACUGAGAAACCUUCCAAAGAGAAGUCAAGUGUCCAGUCUUCUCCGAAAAGUCCUCCAAAAGAUGCACGCUCUGCUGUUCAGCAAAAGUCACCGGUGAAGAUCCCAGUCACAAGUGAUCCUAUUUUGGUUAAAAGAUCAUCUUCAGAUGGUCCCAAGCUUGCUGAUAAACCAGCUCUGGUGUCUAAUCCAUCUGAAACUGCUGUGAUGCUGAAAGCUGAUCCUAAUAAAACCAUAGAGCAAAGGGUCAAGGAUAAGCCGGUUCAGGCCGCUUCUGUUACGGCUGCCAAGGCCCCGUCUCAACAAGCAACAGUGUCUGCUACAACAGAAAGUUUCAAAUGGCAACAAGUGCCUGCCAUGUCUAGACCUUUGUCUGAUCCUUUAGUCCCUGGAUCUAGGGCUGCUGCCCCUGUUGUUUCCAUGGUUCAGACAAUGCCAUCACUGGCUCGUUCAGUGAGUGCUGCUGGCCGAUUGGGUCCUGACCCUUCAGCAGCAGCACACAAUCUUACGCAGUCCUAUCGGAAUGCAAUUAUGGGUGGUAGUCCUGCUCCUGGAAGUCCAGCUAGUUUUGGUCAACCUCAUUCUCCAGUUUCUGCGGUUAACUCAUCACAUUCAUACUCUCAACAACCUCCAGUGAUUUCUGCGCCGUUAUUUUUACCACAAGGCUUGGAAAGAGCAGAACCUAGUUCUGUCAGACCAAGCUUUUCAUAUGGAAUGGUGAAUAGUAACGGCAACUUGCAGAAUGGACUGCAAUGGGAGCGUCCCCGAAGGGAUAGCAGCAGGAGUAUGCCACAAAGUCAUCCUUCUGCAUCAAAUGGAAUUAGGAACUUUGAUAUGUUCAGGGCUGUAAACAGCAGGACACAUGAUCACCUUCCUGAUUCUCUGGCAUGCACGUCUGGACGUCAAACCCAGAGUGUAUCAGCUGAUGAAUUUCCUCAUCUUGAUAUUAUUAACGACUUACUGAACGAGGAUCAUGGAAUUGGAAGGACUUCUAUGCACGACUCGCGCUUUCAAAGCUUUACCAGUGGGUUGCAGCAUCUGAAUCACGGGUUUGCAUUCCCAGGUGAUAUCAGCUCGCCAGUUGAUCUAAAUCCCUCAUCGAGCUCUUGUAGGUUUGAACGAUCACGAAGUUAUCACGACAUGUUCCAGCAUAACUACUCAGGAGGCCUUUUCGAUAGUGCUAGUGAUAUGAUUCUGCAGACUGAUCCACGCCUUUUGAACAAUGGUCAUCAUCAUAUGGAUGGGUUAGUUCCUAACCAGUGGCAAAUGCUGAGUUCCGAUCCAUCAUUUCUCGGAAUGAGGAACGGGACCAUUGAUGGUAGUCACCCAUAUCCCGGCCCAGACUACUCAAACUUGUCGUGUGGUGUAAACGGGUAUGGAGUAUUUAGGCCUUCAAAUGGCAUGUGAAAGCUUCUACUUACGGCGGAGCCUGGCCUCGAAUAUUUACGUCCUUUUCCUUUGUAAUAAGGCAUUUGAUUGAGAAGAGCCUUUUGGUCUUUACAGAAAAUGUUUUGUAUAGGGUGAUUCUGCUUCUUUGUUUCAAAUUUUUAACUUAAAAACCAUGGCUUUGCUAUUGCUUCACAUAUUUGAGUAUUUGACAUUUUAGAA